GCGAGAAAAGUGAGCAGAUGGUUUGUCAGACAGCGGCACUCAAUCUGGUGACAGGUUUCUCGUUAUGUGUUCGUUUCCUUUUUACUGACAGCUGUUUUGACGCAGUAUGAAGACUGCAAAAUGUCAACUUCAAUGUUUUGUCUCUCCAUAUAUACACUUCUCUGUCUGAUUUCGCCAUCUUUAUCCUUAUUGUACAACUCGACAGAUGACGUGAUCGGUUUAGACAAUGCCACAUUCUACCAAACUAUAUUGGGCUCAAAUUUUGCCUGGAAUGUUGAGUUUUAUAACUCCUGGUGUGGACAUUGUAUCAACUUUGCUCCAACAUAUAAAAAGCUCGCCACAGAUACGAAAGGAUGGCAGGGGGCUAUUGGAGUAGCAGCCAUUGAUUGCUCAGAUGUUAAAAACCAGGCUAUAUGUACGCACUAUGAGGUGAAGGGCUUCCCCACUCUGAAGUUGAUUCCUCCAGGAGCCGGUCAUGAGGAUCUUGGGCUGGACUAUUACAGCAUUGACCAAUCAGAGAUAGAGACCAUGAUGAUUGAUUACCUGACCAAUCUGACCAUAGUGAACAGGAGACCACGAGGAUGUCCCUACCUGCUACCCCUCAGACAUAUAGAAAACAUUUGGCAGUCGGCGAGGCGGGAGCACAAGCUUGUGGCCCUCAUCUUUGAGGAGGAGGCAUCAUAUCUGGGGAGACAAGUAAUGUUGGAUCUGAGCCUGAAUUCUAACAUCCUAGUUCUUAGAAUGGAUGCCCAGAGCACCAAAAAGUUUGGCAUCAAAGCCUUUCCAUCUCUGUAUUUGUUUGAACCUCAUGGUUUUAAGCAGCUUGCAAAAGGUUAUACAGACAGAGCCUCCUUUGUGAGUGCAUUGACAGCCCUCAUCUCUGCAGAGAAACCAGAGAGUGGGAACCAGCAACCACUGCCACACUUUGAGCAUGUGCAACAGGAAGUUGAUGUUCUUCAACCCAAAAAUCAGGAAAAGAAUGUCCAAGACAUGACUAUAAAAGAAAAAAGCCCUGAAAAGUAUGCUGUCCACAUGCAGGACUUGGAGUCAGCCUUGACCUACUGUUUGAGGCAUGAGGUGGCCAUCCACAAAGACAUUCAGGGGGAGGAUCUAAAAGCUCUCCAGCAUUUUGUUCGCAUUCUUGCUAAAUAUUUUCCAGGCCGGGAGGAGGUGAGUAGUUUUCUGAGGAAGCUGUCCAGUUGGCUGGAAGGGGUACCCGACAUAACAAGCUACCACUGGUCACACAUGAUUGAAUCUCUACAGACUGUUGAUUCGUUUCUGCCUGAGACAGUUCACUGGGUUUCCUGUCAGGGCAGUCAGACACAUUUCCGUGGUUACCCGUGUGGCAUGUGGACUCUGUUUCACACACUCACUGUCAACUCCUAUCUGUACGGGAAAGACAGUCCUAAGUUCCUAUACAAGGAUGUUCUUAUAGCUAUAGGAGGCUAUAUGAAGCAUUUCUUUGGCUGUGCUUAUUGCAGCAGACAUUUCACAAAGAUGGCAGCAACCAUCGACACGGAGGUGACCUCACCUAAAGAGCUAGUCCUCUGGCUGUGGAGGUCACACAACAAGGUCAAUAAGAGGCUCCACGGGAACACCUCAGAAGACCCUAAACACCCAAAAGUCCCUUUUCCCCCCAAAUCUGCCUGCUCAAAGUGUCACAGGUCCCAAGACAAUAAAGAUCCAGAGUUUGAUGAAGAGGCUGUGUUGAUUUAUCUGUUAGAGUUGUAUGGAUCUGAUCACAUCAUUAGCAUUCCAAACGACAUGGAGAACAUUCCAGAAAUCAGUUCAGAUAAGAAAGACAUGGACUGGUGGCAGAAGAUGCAGAGGAGUAAGGAUCUGGAGAAACUCCGCAAGCUUCGUCAACAGAAGCAGGAGGAGAAGAGGAAGAGGCUGUUGUCCAGAGCGGCGGGUCUCCGUAAAGGUUCCUCACGGGACGUUAAUCUCCCGGCCGUCGGCGUCGUCAGCACCACUGACAUGGGACUCUGUGCUGUGUAUUAUGUAUUGUGUGUGUCUAUCAUUAUUGCUUUAUAUUAUCAUUUUUUCUACAAGAGAAGAUGCAAAUCUAAAAAACACUUUACAUGAUUCCAUAUAAGGGAGGAUUUUAUUCAUGUACCCAAAGUCCUUAAGCCUUAAAUUGAUAGUGAAAUCAAGAUGUAUCAAAUGAAAAUGUAUUACUUUCUUGGACAAGCAAUAUAAAAACAUCAUUAUAUUUUUUUAAUCAUUUUUCUAGUUGGGUCUGUGACUUUAAAGUACGGAGAAUUAUGCUAGUCGGUAAUUGUAACAUUUAAUCUGUGAUUUUUUACUACAUGUUUCAGUUACAGUGCUGUCCUUUGCUACCACCUCCAUUGGCCUUUCCAAAUUUAUAUUUUUUUCUUCAAGAAGCUUUAUGUUUUAUGUGUCUGAUGUGUAUUUAUUAGAGUUGUAAACUCAAUAUAACAGCACUAUUUAAUGAUCACCAAAGAAGCUGUGAUUCACUGAGUUAAAAAGCAUAUAAGAAACACAGCCAAUUGUGCCUAACAUUAACUUCACAUUGAAAUAACAUUAAAUUAAUGUUAGGCACAAUUGCCUGUAUACAGUGAUUCUGUGCAACAUAUAACCAAUUGAAAGAUGCUAAAAAAAAACUUGUUGUGAAAUCCUUGUCCUAUACUAGUACUAGUAUUUGACACUAAAGAUUUAUCACUAUUUUAAAAGUACAUGUAUUUGAGUACCCAUGGAUAAAUUCAAAUAAUUUUUAACCAGAUUUGUAGAUGGAGACAAGUAUUAACAUUUGAUUUGGGAUUUUAAUUUAUUUCUAAUUUGAAUGAUUUUUUCAGAAUUAUUCACAAUUGUCUGUUUGAACUCAAACUGCAGCUAUUGAUUUUCACAACUUGGGUACAUUCUGCAAAAAUAUGCUAAUAAAAAGUUCACAGCUAGAUGUUCAGCAAAACUCGUAAUAUAAGAAAUUACAGAUAUAGUGAAGUAAUUUUAUAGGUCCCAGUGACUUCAUUGUAACCAAGUUUUACUGUAUUCUCCAGUCAAAGGCAGGGGCCCAGUUUACAGUACAGAGCCUAUAUUUCUGUCUUGUUCUCAAUAAGCUAAGUUUAUCUUGCAUUGCUUUAUUAAUAAAUCUCUGCUGAAUUUUUUUUUCUUCAGCAGUACCCAUGUUUUAGAGGCUUGACUGUGAAUAUGUCCUGUAGUGUUUAUGUUCUGUUAUAUACAUUACAAUGUUGUCCCAUAUGAUACUAAUGACCACAAUGUUUUUAUUUUUGUAGACUUGAGUAAGUGGUUUGAUUGUUGUUAUUUUAAGAUAUUUUUUU